AUGCCGCCAUCAUCAAUAUGGGCUGACGACAGACACGCAAACGAACCCGACGAUGCGGGCACCGACAAAAACUCAUUUACAUACAUAGCCAGUCAUACGUCACUGUUUGGCCGCGGAGACGAUUCCUUCGACUGUCUUGGUAAUUCUCUGCUAAGCGAGGAACUUGAAACAACCUCGAACUGGCUGAAACGCCCCACGAACGCUCUCGCUACAGGGAUAGACAACGUUUUCUUCCCAGGGCGAGCUACCUUUACCGCAGACUCACUCUGGAUGCCAUCGUCUCGACAGGAGGAUGACCCGAUGUUGACUGGCGCGACAUUGUGCGGUCCAGCUCUCUGCAGCCCGAUGUUGAGUAACGAUGACAUUGAGAUUUGGACGCCGUGGACGGGAGCUAAACAGGCGAUCCCCAUGGGUUUCUGA